GUCCGUGUUUCCCAGUCCAGGAGUCUCAGUGCGCAGAGGAAACGCUGCACCCCCACCUUUCAGAAUAAACUCCUCCUUUAAUCCUGUAAAUGUGAGCAACAAGAGACGCAAACGAGCUUUUAUUUUUUAAAAGAAUCUUACACCAAACCGGAAAACCUGAUCUUCUGUGUUGUACCUUGACGCGUAUGUACAUGGCAGCGUUCAGACCCACGCGUCACACUCCAUCACUCGUGUUUGGGUUCGUGCGUUGUGUUUAGCUGCUGCCACACUUGGAGACAAAACAGCCACGAGCGGAGACAUGAUGUGACGCCCGGCCGCGCGUAAUUUACGCAUUUGGAGAGCGGUGUUGGAUGCGCCCGUGAAUGCGCCAUGAUUUGACAUUUUCCCGGACGCCUUGGAGUGAGUCCAGGGAUGCUGCGGUUUGUCUUGCUGCCGGAGUGCCGCCGCGCAACGACAGGCUCUGUCCUCCACCUCUGCUGAGCGGGAGAGGCGCGGAUCAGGCGGUUUUGUUGCGCGUUUUCUUGGGACUAACCCGCCAUGGAUCCCUCCUGGGACAUUUAAGCGUCUCCUGAUUUUGCACCAUGGGGAACAGUUUCUCCAACCUGGCUGCCUUCCAGUCCCUGCACAUAGUGAUGCUCGGCUUGGACUCCGCGGGUAAAACCACCGUCCUGUACCGGCUCAAAUUCAACGAGUUCGUGAACACGGUGCCCACCAUCGGAUUCAACACGGAGAAGAUACGGCUGGGCGGCGCGGGGGCCUCCAGGGGCAUCAGCUGCCACUUCUGGGACGUCGGGGGCCAGGAGAAGCUGCGGCCCCUGUGGAAGCCCUACAGCCGCUGCACGGACGGCAUCGUGUACGUGGUGGACUCCGUGGACGCGGAGAGGCUGGAGGAGGCCCGGACCGAGCUGCACAAGAUCACGCGGUUCUCCGAGAACCAGGGGACCCCGCUGCUGGUCAUCGCCAACAAGCAGGACCUGCCCCGGGCCCUGGACGUCGGGGAGAUCGAGAGGCAGCUGGCCCUGGCCGAGCUGAGCCCCUCCACCCCGUACCACGUCCAGCCGGCCUGCGCCAUCAUCGGAGAGGGACUGGAUGAGGGCAUGGACAAACUGUAUGAGAUGAUAGUGAAGAGGAGGAAGUCACUGAAGCAGAAGAAGAAGAGGCAGUGAAAAAAAAAUAAAGCAUUCAGAAGAUGGGAAUAAUGGGAAUAUAUAUUUAUAGUGAAUGGCUCUCUCCACGUGUUCCUGCAGGAAUCUUCCAAUAUAUUUGCAUAUUAAAUAAUCAUGAAUGCUAUAAAGUCACUGAAUAGUUGUAAUAAUCUCAGAUUAAUGGGAAGAACAUUGACGUUUGCCUCGAUAGUCGACUGUUUUGACUUUCCUUCUGAUGCAGGAACCUUAAACUGGACUGUUUCACUGUAGCCGAGAUGUUUUUUUUUUUUGUUUUGUUUUUUUUAUAAAGAGUGUGGAUCUGGUGUGAGACUGGGGAUGGACAGGCUGGUGUUAGUAGCGCCUGUGAUCAUUCCUCCUCUGGAAGCCAUAUGUGAGGCCGUGAUCUCUGUGAACAGCUGAUGCUUUUUUUCUGUAGUCGUUGCCAAAUACUGGAAGCGAGCAAGUGUCAAACUAAUCCAGCAGUUUCAUGAAUUGCCCCAGUGAUGUUUGUCUUUUGCUGAAGCUUAUGACCUACAUGAGCCUCCUUUUAACUCAAAUUUAAACAUUACAUAUUUGACAAAUAUCAGAACAGUUGACUUAGCACAGCUUUCACUUUCUUCUCUUAUUAUAAGGAGAGUGUUUCCCAGAAUUAAAUUGGAUUUGGCAUAAUUCGCUUCCAUUAAGGACAUGUUCUCAUAAUGUUUAGUUGCAAACUUUUGUCCCAAAUCGGAUGCUGAAGUCUUCAUUUCUUUCCUCAGAGUUGCAAACUUACAACCACGAAGGGACUCGAACCCUCAAUCUUCUGAUCCGAAGUCAGACGCCUUAUCCAUUAGGCCACGUGGUCUCUGCUGUGCUGAAAAGGAGGUCUCAAAAUUCACGUUAUAAGUGGGUACAGAACUUAAAACCUACUUUGCUCCAUAAAGAAACUGGAUCUGAUCCCAAAUACUCCUCAAGGAUUUUGUUUAUUAAAUCAGAUUCGUAUCGUUUACGCUUUGUUGCCACUGAUUAUUAAGUUCCAAGUUUACUAACUAAACUAAAUUUAGAAGUUUCUUCCAGAAACUAAACUAGAUCAGACACUAAAAGCUUUUAUUUCCUUUCUCAAAGUUAUGUUAAAACCAUUAACGUUGUCAUUAAAGUCAAAACGUCAAAUAACUUUAACUUUGGUUAACAUAGCUUGUCCUAGCUGUACGUCAUCGUCGACAUAUAGAGUGACCUUGGCCAAAAUCAGGUUCAGCUCCUCCAGAUUCGUUCCUCAGAGUUACUGGGAGGUGGUAUGAGUGCGAGGAGGCAAAAUGUCUUCCAGUAACAGCCAUGAAAUGAUGAAACAACCCGACAGGCUGGAACCUGUUCAGAUGCCAUGUAAUUAAUCCAGAUUAAAUAGUCAAAUAAAAAGUCAUUAGCUCUGGACUGACAGGACUGUUGAAUGUCUUAAAAACUGAAUCCAGCUGCUGCAGACUGGACAAUAUUUAAAACUAUAGCCUGCAGCAUGUUAGAGGUGAUUGUGUUUUGAAGAUGCUUUUGUCAUUAUUGGACUCGUAGCUGCCGCCAGGGGCCAGACGUGAAUGUUACUUUUCUCAAAGUGUCAUAUAUUUUCCGACAUUGUAGUUCAGCUGAGCUCAAGAUUGCAUGACAGCGACUCCUUCAGACGAUGUAAAUUAUACAGUUCCAUGUUGCAGCAAAGAUACAGCAAGACCAAACGAUGUAUAACGUGCCAAAAUAAUAAAAAAAAGACAAAAAAUGAAUAAAGUAUUUUUGGGAUUAAACUCUUUGUAAUUGAA